AUGCGCGCGCGGCGACUGCAAGGCAGCGUGUAUGACGUCGGAGCUACCCAAGAGGUACGUACCGCUAACCACGGACGACUGAAUUCCGAAGCAGAAUCCAGCUCAUUCACCCAGCGAGGCUACCACGGAGAGGUAGCCACAGCACGCAGGCAGCUCAAGACAUCUUCCCAACUUGGUGCGACUUUUGUCUGGCACGAAGAACUUCCACAGCUCUCUCAAUGUAAAAUUGUACCUAUGUUGAGAACGACUUGA